AUAUAUUCUCUCCCAGCUGGUAUUCAAGUGCCAUGGGACCUUGGCUGACUUGUGGGGAGCAAGAAAUCCAAUUUUAAAUACCGGACUUUGGACUCCUGGGAAGCUAUGGCUGAUGCCCCAAAAGAGGGAAAACUGACCAGGUUUCUGGACUUCACCCAGCUGAUCGACAUGGCAUCUGAAUCUGUAGGAGGAAAGAUUUUAUUUGCAACAGACGACUUUUUUGCUCCUGCGGAAAACCUCAUAAAGAGUGACAAUCCGAUUUUUAAAGAACAUGAGUAUACUGAGUUUGGGAAAUGGAUGGAUGGAUGGGAGACCAGAAGGAAAAGGAUUCCAGGUCAUGACUGGUGCAUCAUCAGGCUGGGAAUACAUGGAGUUAUCCGGGGCUUCGACGUGGACGUUUCUUACUUCACAGGAAGUCAUGCUCCUCGAAUGUCAAUUCAAGCGGCAAACUUGGAAGAAGACAAACUACCAGAAAUCCCGGAGAGGGGGAUCAGGACAGGAGCUGCAGCCACAUCUGAGGAGUUCGAAGCUAUUGAUGAGCUAAAAUCCAACGACUGGGAUUGCUUGGUUCCCAUGACAGAGCUUAAGCCGCAAAACCCUGCUUCCAGCCACAACUAUUUUCUUGUCAAUUCCCAGAAGAUAUGGACUCACAUCAGACUCAACAUUUUCCCAGAUGGUGGAAUUGCACGGCUUAGAGUAUAUGGUGCUGGACAAAAAGACUGGACUGCAACAGAUCUCAAAGAACCUGUUGACCUCGUGGCCAUCGCUUUUGGGGGUGUCUGUGUAGGAUUUAGUAAUGCCCACUUUGGGCACCCAAACAAUAUGAUAGGAGUCGGCAGGGUAAAGUCUAUGGCAGAUGGUUGGGAAACUGCAAGAAGGCUGGACAGGCCACCAAUAUUAGAAAAUGGUGAAAAUGGCAUUCUCUUGUUUCCAGGCUGUGAAUGGGCAGUUUUCCGGUUGGCACAUCCUGGAGUAAUAACUCAAAUUGAAAUUGAUACAAAAUAUUUUCAAGGCAACUCUCCUGACAGCUGCACAGUGGAUGGGUGUAUCCUGACAACGCAGGAAGAAGAAGACAUGAUCAAGCAAAAGUGGAAUCUUCCGAUCCCUAAGUGGAAACCACUACUUCCAGCCACCAAGCUAUCCCCCAACCAAAGUCACUUGUUCGACAGCCUGACCCUGGAGCUUCAAGAUGUCAUCACUCACGCAAGGCUCACCAUUGUCCCUGACGGGGGAGUGGGCCGCCUCCGGCUUAAGGGCUAUCCCAGCUCCAUCUGCCUCCUGCGGUCCCGGGAGAAGCCUAUGAUGAGGUUCGCAGUGAAGGUGGGCUUCAAAGCGAACCCCUAGCACACAUCCAACGCUUGGGUUGGCGACCCAGAAGUACUCACUCUGUCAUCGUCUUCAAGUGUCUUGAACACCUGAGCCUCCUGGUGAUUUAAUAAAGUGGUCAUCUCACAAA